AUGCUCGCUUCCACCAAUGCGCCUGGAGCGCGCAAUGCUCUCGCCGCCCUCGCCUUUUCCUUUUUCGCCUUGACCGCCGCCCAGGACAACACUACCGAGCCGCUGUCGACCUUCUAUUCUCGCCCGGACCUGACGCCUCCCGCGCUCACCUGCCACAUCCACGAAGACGGCAUCGCUCCAGGUUACAUCUUCAUUGCGCCAUACGGAGCCACGCAGUCUGGCCCUUACAUCUACGAUAAGUCUUGCAACCUUGUUUGGUCCGGAUUUGGCUUUGCCGGCCCCGAGACGUCGCACGAUGUGCAGGUUUGCACGUACAACGGCGAGGACCACCUAUGCUUCAUGCAAGGCAACCAGAUGAAGGGCUACGCUCGCGGCCAUGGAUUGAUUCUCGACAAGUCCUACACGAUCGUCAAGUCCAUCGAGGUUGGCGGCAGCGGCGUGCCGUCUGUGGACAUGCACGAGUUCAACAUGAUCAACGACGGAGCCUCUGCGCUUGUCACUGCGUACAUGACGAUUCCGUACGACUUGGCCGACUUUGGCAUCACCACCGGCGUCGGAUACCUCCAGGAUGGCACUUUCCAGGAAGUCGAAGUAGACACGGGCAAGGUGCUCUUUGAGUGGCGUGCCAUUGACCACGUGCCGUUGAACGCUUCGUAUGUGCUGCCGAACGCUUCGGAUACCUCUGGCACCGGUCUUUCGCCCAGCUCGCCUUGGGACUGGUUCCAUAUCAACUCGGUCGACAAGUCUUCGUACUCCGACACUUAUCUGAUCUCAGCCCGCAGCGUCUCCUCCCUCUACAACCUCAACGCCACCGACGGCAGCAUCAUCUGGACGCUCAGCGCAGGCGGCGCCUUCACCGACUUCGACUGCACCAACUUCAACUUCUCCUACCAGCACGACGCACGCUUCGUGUCGGAGAACACGACGCACACGGUGCUCUCACUCUACGACAACGCCUCCAACGGCUUCAACCAGACGUCGCCCGAGUCGUCGGCCAUGGUCGUGGCCCUCGACCACACGACCAACAAGGCGACGAUGCUCACGCGCAUCACGCCGCCGGCCGAGGCGGGCGGCAUCGUGUCGUCGUCGCAGGGCAACACGCAGCUUCUGCCCAACGGCAACUUCUUCAACGGCUGGGGCAACGUCGACGCGCUGUCGGAGCACGCCGCCGACGGCACCCCGCUGCUGUACGCCACGUGGGGCGCGUAUCCGGUCAUGAACUACCGCGCCUGGACCUUCAACUGGACGGCGACGCCCAAGACGGAGCCCGCCGUGUACGCCUUUGCGCGCAACGCCACCGCCGCCGCGUCCACGGCCGUCUUCGUGUCGUGGAACGGCGCGACGGACGCCGUCGGCUGGCGCUUCUACGGCGGCGACGCGCCCGACGCGCUCACGCAGGCGAUCGGGACCAAGGAUAAGGAAGGCUUCGAGACGGCGUUCAGCGCGCAGGGGUUCAGCAAGUACGUGGCGGUCGAGGCGCUGGAUGCGGCCGGCCGGGUGCUGAGCAGGAGCUCGCCGCUCAAGACGUUCGUGCCCAACCAGGCGUAUGCGGAGUUGUGCAGCGAUGUCGGUUGUCCCGAGGCGACGUCGUAUUCUGAUUGA